AUGUUGCGUGUCCUGCAGCGCCGUCCUGCAACAAAAACAGAGCGACGACGUCUCUUCACACGGCAGACGGGAGUCAUGGAGCUCAGGUGUAUCGUUGUGUUGUUGGGCCUGAGCCUGGCUGCAGCCAAGCUGACAGGUGACACAGAAACGGACGUUGACAGAGGCGUUGACUGGGACAUCUUCAACAUCAAUGAAGCGGCUGGUCUGGACCUGCUGGAGGGAGAUAUUGAACAGGACGAAACAUCCAGCAGAAACUCCAUCAUAGGAGAGAAGUAUCGCUGGCCCACAACCAUCCCUUACUACCUGGAGGACAACCUGGACAUGAAUGCAAAGGGAGUGAUCCUGAAGGCCUUCGACCAGUACAGACUGAAGACCUGCAUCGACUUCACGCCGUGGAACGGCGAGGCCAACUACAUCUCUGUGUUCAAAGGCAGCGGAUGCUUCUCCUCUGUAGGUAACCAGCAUGUGGGGAGUCAGCGGCUGUCCAUCGGUAAUAACUGCGAUCGUCUGGGAACUGUUGAGCACGAGUUCCUGCACGCUUUGGGCUUCUGGCACGAGCAGUCCCGCGCUGACCGCGACGACUACGUCAACAUCAUAUGGGAUCAAAUUGAACAAGGUAAAGAGCACAACUUCAGGACAUACGAUGACAAAACGUCCAGCGCUCUGGGCGUUCCCUACGACUACGGCUCGGUGAUGCACUACAGCAAGACGGCCUUCAACAUCGGCUCCGAGCCCACCAUCGUCACCAAGAUCCCCCAGUUCAUGGAUGUGAUUGGUCAGCGGAUGGGCUUCAGUGAGAGCGACCUAACAAAGCUCAACCGUCUCUACAACUGCACCAAGUCUUCUACCUUCGUGGAGAGCUGUAACUUCGAGCAGGAGAACAUCUGCGGGAUGAUUCAGGGUCCCGGCAACAGGAAGUGGGAACAGCUGAGUUCUGUGAGCGAAGGACCUCAGACCGACUUCUCCAACAUGGGACAAUGCAAAGGUAAAGGCUUCUUCAUGCACUUCAGCUCAGCCUCGGCUGCGCCCGGUGACCAGGCGUUCCUGGAGAGUCGCUGGCUUUACCCCAAACCCGGAGCCCAGUGUCUGCAGUUCUUCCUCUAUAACAGCGGAGCAGUCGAUGAUGUUCUCAACAUUUUGGUGCGAGAUUCUGACGGGAAACUGACACUCGUCAAGAGUAUUUCAGGAGACGUCACGGGCUCCUGGGAACUGCACAACGUCAAUCUGGAUGUGACGAAGAAGGCCCGCGUGGUGUUUGAGGCCGUGAGGGGAAAGAGUCCAUCCACCGGAGGUUUCUCCCUGGACGACAUCAACGUGUCGUCCAUGAAGUGUCCGCAGCACAUCUGGCACAUCCGCAACAUCACCGGCCUGAUGGCCACCACACCUGUGGGGAGGAAAACCUACAGCCCUCGCUUCCUGUCACCGGCAGGUUACUCCUUCCAGGUAGGCGUGUACCUAAAUGGAAGAAGCGACCGCCCCGGGUACGUGGCCACCUACUUCCACCUGACCUCAGGCCCCAACGACCACCAACUCAAAUGGCCGUGUCCGUGGCAGAUGGCGACGAUGGCCCUGAUGGAUCAGAAGUCUGACGUCAGACAGCAGAUGAACAUGCACCGGAUGGUCACCACUGAACCUGACAAGAUGUCGUCUGAUGGUACUGAGUUCUACUGGGACAAUCCCAGCAAGGUGGGCUCUAAAGUGACCGAGUCCGACGGCAGCACUUACUACCGAGGCCCCGGCACAGGAACGAGCGUCUUCAUCACCCACAGCAGGCUGAAGAGCAGGAACUACAUCAAAGGAGACGACGCCUUCUUCCUCUUCAGUCUGGAAGAUAUUUCUAACCUGCUGGUACCUCAGCCUCUUCCCCAAUCUGCUGCCCGCGCCGACGAGGGCUUAAUGAAGGCCGCCGUACAAAGUGCUCCGCAGGAAGCUGCUAAUAACCCCGCAGUGAUCACAGCUGUGGCGGGGUCCGUGGCGGCGGCCAUGCUGGUGGCCAGCAUGCUGGUCAUCUUGAGGAUGAGGAGGAGACGGCAGGAGAGCGACGAGGUGGUGAUCGUACAGGACAUGCCCGGAUUCACCGAAGAGCGCCCGGCCGAGAGCUCGCCAUCUGCUUUCAUCGCUCCAUGAAGUCCUGAUCAGAGGAAGAAAAUCAGCACUUACAAGAAGAAAGGACGCAAUUAAUUUUAAAUUGUCGACCGACUCGUUUUCGUUUUGAAUAAAACCUCUUCACAGCACACAUGUUCAAAUCA